CAAUUCGUGUCUCGCCGAUCCCAAUUACAUUUACAAUUCAAGUCUCAAGAUGGAUCUGUUAUCGUGGAUUUGGCUUGUUUUUACUCUGUCAUUUCUGUUUGUGAUACUUUCUUAUUCACAAACUGUGUAUAAUUGUUUACCGAACCUGUUGAAAGAUGUUGUUGUCUACGGAAAGCUAUUAGACCCCCGGAAACGGACCAGUAUCCAGCAGUUUCUGCUUGUACCAAAGAGUUGGUUUGUCCAUUUCUACAUCCUAUCUUUCAUCUGGAAUGGCUUUAUUUUGAUGAAUAUUCUUCAGUGUACUCUCCAAGGCUCAGUCUUGCCAGAUUGGUUUACUAAGAUGAUCACAUUUCUGACAAAGUAUCCCGUAUCACACCCUUCAGCUGAUCUACUCACUGUCAUAAUAGCCAUGGCAGUCAUUGUUAUCCAUGCACACAGGAGAAUCUAUGAAUGUGUUGCCAUCAGUGUAUACUCCAACUCUAGUAUUCAUAUAAGUCACUACAUCACAGGCAUCAUGUUUUACUCAUUUAUUGGCAUCAGUGUUGUGGCAGAGGGACCAAGUUUUAGUGUAAAAGGUGAAGCUAUUCAAGCACUGGAUCUUUUGAAACACAUCCGCUGGUAUCACAUAGCAGGCUUAUUAAUGUUUAUUUGGGCCAGUUUGCAUCAUCAUAGAGCUCAUGUCAUCUUUGCUAGUUUGAGAAAAACAAAGAAAGAUGUUAGCCGUCAUAUGAUCCCGCAAGGAGAUUGGUUUGACUACGUCUCAUGUCCCCACUACUUUGCGGAAUGCCUCAUCUAUGCUUCUCUUGGGGUCAUCCUUGGUGGUUAUCAUACAACAUGGUGGUUAGUCCUUGCUUUUGUGUUUUCCAAUCAGAUAGCUGCAUCGACCAAGGUCCACCGGUGGUACCAGGACAAGUUUGAAAGUUACCCUAAAGAGAGGAAGGCCUUUUUCCCAUUCCUAUUUUAAUUUCUCCUGAAGAUUCCUGGUUAACUCUAGACCAGACUUUUCUACCUGUUGAUAUUGUGAUCAAGGGGAAAUGUUGGCAAUUCAUCAGUAAUCAACAAUGGUCAAUCAAGAUCAUUGUUUAAUGUGCAUUCUGUUCAAAACACUGAUCAUGAACCAAUCAGGGUUGGUCUUUCAUAUUUGCAAUCCAUCUCAAACCUUUUGUGUGCUGAGGCCCAGCUAGGUCCAAACCUCACAUUACAUCACAUCACAUCAGGUACAGAAAUGAAAGACUUCUCCUGUUCAUUUUCCGGUCUUCUCUCCGGGUAUUUUACAAUUAAUCUAGACAGUUUGAACUGUCUAGAUUGAAUUGUUUGAGUCAAAUCUUAAACUAUGGAAAUUUAGCCAGCCACAUCAUUAAUAAUAUAGAAUAUGUAUGUCUGAUCAUUGUGCUUUCAAGAGAUAAUUUAUGCUUUUGUAUGCAUUGCAAAUGUGAUUGAUGAACAUGAUAUGUGACAAACAUUAAUUCAAUUUAAAGUUGAAAUUUUUUGAAUUUUACUGAACAAAGAAGACCAUUCUAUAAGAAAAGGGAUCUGUCUUUGCCUAUCAAUAUUAAUUUUUAUCUAAGUCCAUUAGAGGAAUUUAGCAUUUCCCCCAAACACUCCAGUGUCUAAAACUAAAUUGCUAUUAUGUGCUAUACAUUAUCAUGUUUCUUGACAAGGUAAUCAUAUAAAUGAUGUUUUAUCUUGAGAUCUUGGAUUGUUUAUUUUUCAGCAUGCUACAGUGUAAUAGCAAUAGGACAACAGGGAUUAAGAUUAUUUGCCUAAUGACUUGGAGGCAGGGACAGAAUAAAGACAAUGCUAUAGGCUUAGUUUUAAAAAUAAGUUUUAAUCAUUGUGUUUCUGUACAUACAAUAAGAAAUUGUACUUGUGCAAUAAAUUUUUUUUUUUUCUAAUUUACAAUGUUUUUCUUGUAUGUCAAUACGGAAAAAUUUAAUCUUGUGAUAUAUUUUAUAGAUCUCCCAAAUAAUUUGAGUAUAACAGGGGAGGCAUCUCAGUUAUGUGGCAAUCCAGGAAUAUAUUUAUUGGUAUUCAAAGGGUACAUACUACACACAACCUGGGGGUGUUUUACAAAGAUUUAAGUAUGACUUAAGGCCACCGCACACCUUACGACUAUUCGCGAUCCGAUUUUUGAACAAAUAGCAUUUUGCUCAUUUUCUGAAAAUACGAAUGGAACAUAUCAUUUUAUUUGAGGUAAAAAUUAAUUGAAAGAAUACUAAUAUAACCAUUUUGAAAGAUUGGAAGCCUUUACUUUGGAGUAGAGGCCAAAUUAGUUUCAAAUCGUAGCCAAUCGUACGACUGCUAUGACGUCAUUACGACUAGAUAUUAAAUUCGCUUUUAUUCUAAGAAGGAUGAUAGCACAGUCACAUAUUUGGGACAUCUGUAUUCGUAUGAUGAUUUAGAACAUUACACAUAAGAUAUUCCAAGUCUCAAUAUUAGCAUCAAAUUCUACUACAUUUUAUUAUGAAAUCGGGUCGCAGACCAAUCGUAUGGUGUGCGGUCGCCUUUAGAGUCGCACUUCAAUGCCGACACACACAUGAUAUGUAACAUACAAUCUGAUUGAUGGAUAUGCGGUAGUACGUGUCCUGUGCGCAUGAUCUGACCAAUGUGGUGAUGUCUUCUAUACCUUACGCAACUGGGAAUUUAAGUGCGACUCUAAGUCACUCUUAAAUCUUUGUGAAACAUCCACCAGGUCUUUUAGCAAAAUUUCUGCUAAGUAUUUAAGCCUGAUAGCCAUGGUUUAGUCAAAUCUGGGUUUACUUAGACCACACUUUUAUGGAAUGCCAAGUUAUUUGUUCUGCUGGAAAUAGUUGUCAAAAAAUUAAUUUGAGUUGUGAAAUGGAAAGAAUAGGAAAAUGCAAAAUAUCAUGAAUUUUGAUGAAUUAAUUGAUAAAAUAUAAUGUGGAAGAAGUAUUAUGAAGUCAGCAUUCCAUAGAAGUGUGGUUUAAAAUUCUAGUUUAGACGAGGGCUAAACUUAGGUUUACCACCCAUGGAGGUUUAAACCUAACUCCUGUUUUGAAUAGCCUCUGUGAAUUCAACAUGGGCACACUAGUAUGUUCAUAGCAAUGGUAUCCAGGGUUAACUGAGAUCACACUUGUAUGGAAUGCUAGCUACCAAAUCAUUUACCAAGUUCAAAUGAUCUUAAUCCUUAAGUGAAAGGCUUAAAUUUUUUUAGUGAUGGUAGAAGAAACAUGAUGUGAGUAUUCAAUGGAUUUCUAUCAUUUUAUAUUGUGUCACUGCCAUGAAUAUCGAGGAAGGAAGAUAAAUCCUAGCAUUUCAUAGAAGUUUUUUAAACCUGGGUUUAAUUUGCAAAAAACCAUCAAUUAAAUUUAUCAUGUUUAUACUCACUUGCUUGUAAUUAUGGUCAUCAAACAUGGCACUGAAUUACCACUUAUACAUCUCAUUCACUUAAAUAUGAAAAUAACAAUUUUAAAAAAUAUUGCCUUGCCAAGGUAUUAGCUACAUGAAGUAAUUCUGACUUUACCAAUUUUCACAGGUAAGUGAAAAAUAAUUUUGCCAAAAUUGUGGUAUUACUAUGGUAGACCAUAACUAGCUUCCAGAAAUUGCAAUAUUGGGAGAGGGUAGGUCAACAUGGGAUGAUCAGGAUUGUUUAUAUUUUCUGGAGUGUCAUCUUGGUAAAUGUCCAGCUUGGUGUUCAUAAAAUAUUAAAUUCAAUUUUACUGGAACAAUAUACUUUCUCCAAUAAAUGUACAUGUAAAGGUAACUAGUAUCAAUCAAACGUUGAGGUUGGUUCAGCUGUAAAGUUUUAUGUGGUAAUUUUAAGGCUCAUCUUAGGAUGCCAUUAAAUUUGUAUCAUGUUUACAACUUUUACGAAGUGAUUUUUUUUAGAUAACGUAUGUAAUUCUGAUUGAUUUAACUGAAAUGACUAUAUGCCAUUGAUACAUUUCUGAUUAAAAGUGCCAUAAAGAAGUUAUUGGCGUCCAUGUC